GUAGAGGUUUCACUCUUUCAACUAUACAUGCGGGAGGGACACCGCACCGUGGUCUAAGGUCAUGUGCUUUCCUCUAUAUAAGCACGCAUGCCAGCUGAGGCACACAUCUAUCUAUCUGUCCUGCAUAAUUUUACUACCUCACUUCGACCAUUGCUUCUUAUCAUACAUCACAUCUAUUGUAUGGCCACUGAAAUAUUAUAGACUGCGUACUCAUUCAUAACAUAUCAGCUGUACGUGUUUCUGAUAUAUAUUUGCCUCUUAGUGGGUCGAUAUUAAUUGAAGAUCAUGGCUGAGGGAAAAACAGCAACUCAAAAAUCUCUUCAGGAUUUUGAUCCUCAAAAGACACCCAGAAGGAACAAGUAUGCUUUCGCCUGUGCCAUUUUGGCUUCCAUGACUUCCAUAUUACUUGGCUAUGAUGUUGGGGUGAUGAGUGGAGCGAUUAUAUAUAUAAAGAGAGACUUGAAAUUGACGGACGUGCAAAUCGAGAUCCUGGUAGGCAUCAUCAACCUUUACUCUCUGAUAGGUUCAUGCCUCGCCGGCAGAACCUCCGACUGGAUCGGUCGGCGUUACACGAUCGUCCUUGCCGGAAGCAUCUUCUUCGCCGGAGCCAUCCUGAUGGGAAUAUCCCCGAACUAUCCCUUUCUUAUGUUCGCGCGCUUCAUCGCCGGCGUCGGCAUCGGUUAUGCCCUCAUGAUCGCCCCCGUCUACACCACCGAAGUCUCCCCUCCUUCCUGUCGUGGCUUCCUCACCUCCUUCCCAGAGGUAUUCAUAAAUGGAGGGAUAUUGCUAGGAUACAUAUCAAACUACGGAUUUUCAAAGCUGUCACUUGAGCUGGGAUGGAGGAUGAUGCUGGGAGUUGGGGCGGUUCCUUCAGUGAUCCUAGCGCUGGGAGUGUUAGCCAUGCCAGAGUCGCCACGCUGGCUGGUGAUGCGAGGUAGGCUCGGCGAAGCCACCAAAGUCCUCAACAAAACCUCCGACUCCAAAGAAGAGGCUCAGCAGAGGCUAGCCGACAUCAAAGCUGCCGCUGGCAUCCCCGAGAGUUGCACCGACGACGUCGUUCAAGUAACCAACCGAAACCACGGCGGCGGUGUAUGGAAAGAGUUCUUCCUUUACCCUACACCGGCGGUGCGCCACAUCCUCAUAGCCGCUCUCGGGAUUCAUUUCUUUCAGCAGGCUUCCGGAAUAGACGCCGUGGUUUUGUACAGCCCCGAGAUUUUCAAGAAGGCUGGGCUGGAAUCCGAUGGGGAACAGCUUCUGGCAACCGUGGCCGUUGGAUUCGCCAAAACCGUAUUCAUCUUAGUGGCUACGUUUUUGUUGGAUCGGGUGGGGCGUCGGCCGCUGUUGUUGACAAGUGUUGGCGGAAUGGUGUUUUCUCUUCUGACGCUGGGGUUGAGUCUCACCGUCAUUGACCACUCACGCGCCGUCCUCAAGUGGGCCAUUGGGUUGAGCAUAGGCAUGGUUUUGUCCUACGUGUCCACUUUCUCCGUUGGAGCGGGUCCCAUCACGUGGGUUUAUAGCUCCGAGAUCUUCCCCUUAAGGCUUCGCGCGCAGGGUGCGGCUAUGGGAGUUGUCGUGAAUAGGGUCACUAGUGGGGUCAUCUCAAUGACUUUCCUGUCCCUCUCUAAUAAGAUCACUAUUGGUGGGGCAUUCUUCCUCUUUGGGGGAAUCGCAAUGUGUGGAUGGAUCUUCUUCUAUACCAUGCUCCCCGAAACACAGGGCAAGACCCUUGAGGAAAUGGAAGGCUCCUUUGGUAAAUUCGCCUCAUGGUCCAAGGGUAAGGACGGUGAUAACGGAGAGAUCCAAUUAGCCAAUUAGCCACCCAUAAUCGUGCUUAAUACUUUUGAGCCAAUAUAAUAUAAUAAUAUAAUGGUGUGUAACAGAUUAGAUUAGCUUUCUAAGUAGUAACAAGUCUAGUAUGCGACGCAAAAUUAUAGUACUACUUCUUUUCAUGAAUGAGGAGAGAGAGAGAGAGAGAGACGGGUAAUAAGUGUGGUAAGCUAUUCGAAAACUACAUUGUUAAUGUAACCUUUCCUUUUUCCGUGGAUAUUAUUUGAUCAUUUGAUGUAAUUUUAUUACCUA